CGCUGAUAUGCUGUCUCAUCCCAGGCCUGUCAGAACGGAGGACAGCAAGGAAAACUGAGACCCAGUGUCUUCCUGGAUCACUCAUUACAGUGCGACAAGAACUCCUUCGGGGGCAGAUACACCAAAAGGCAAAGAUCUGGAUGACGCAUCUGAUAUUUCCCUUGCUACGUACAAUUUAAGUAUGCGAACAGUGAAGGAGAUAACGAUCGUGUUCCUAGCAGCGUUUAUUGAUGUUGCGACAACGACACCGACACUUGCAGUAAAGUACACGCUUUACGGCACGCCUAAAACCUGGAACGAGGCUCGUGCAAUUUGUGAGUCAUAUGGCCAGCAUAUGGUCAAGCUGGACACUGAGGACAAGUAUGAGAAUUUCCUGGUGUGGAAAGUCAUCUGGACUGCCAAUAACAAGAUAACGAAAGAUAUAUGGACUGGGCUUCACCAACGUGUACUCAGCGACCCUGGGGUGUUCAACUUGGAGUGGCAUGACUGUGAGCCAGUUGGAGCCUGGGGGCUCUGGGAAUCAUGGGAACCAAACCACCCCGAGACAGAGAAGUGCAUACGGCUGCAUGUUAAAAACGAUUAUUUUCGCUCAGUUGCAUGUGAUGCUGACUAUCAAGUGGUUUGUCAAGAGUCCGCAGAAGUAUGUACCUUUGAAAGAUUUGAAAACCAGGACGUUCUUGCUCUUGAUCUGGCCUCCUCCAUCGAUGCCAGCAUUGAUGACUGCCAGCUCACAUGUCUCGCAUAUACCGGAAGAAGCCAAUGUGUGGCCAUAGUCUACGAUAGCCAGAAACGUUCAGCUGAACCCUGUAAGGUCUAUACCAGGCAGCGGGUGUACAUAAACGACAAUCCGGAAAUGACGUCUUCGUCUGAAAAAACAGUUUUGGUGAAACGGUGUGUCGAAGGUGAUUACAAGUCUUCUGCCUUAUCGGUUAACAAAAAUACAGACACUGACCCAAUAACCGCGUGCCCUGUGAUGUCAUCAACAUCUAUUAUGUCGUCAGAACCAAUAUCAGUAUCACCUACAUAUCCAGGUACAACUGCCAAUAAUGAACUAUCUGCUUUAACCGACACUCAUUCGGAGGCCAUAUAUUCUUCAUAUACAAGCUCCAGUGAAAGUGAUCUUGCUAAUGAAAGUGUUUCAACAUCCGCAAAUACUUUCCCUGAGACGACCUCAGUCGCAAGUUCGAUGACGUCCAGUUCAAUGAAUUCUACAAAUGCAUCCGGCGGUGCGAGCGAUACUUCUGUCGAAUCCCAUCUGAUAUCCACAAUGAGUUCACAUAUGCAAACGUCUAUUAUUCUGUACUCAUCAACUUCACCCGCUGGCUUCAUCGAUAGUACAACUCUAAAUAUGCACUGGAGUAUUGAUAAUGUGGCGUCAUACACCGACAGCACAAUGGCUAAUACAGCAUCAGAGUCGAACGCUGUACCUUCGGUUACUUUAACCAUGACCAUAUCUGAAUCCUCACAAAUCACCACGUCUCCUGAUGUGGUGGAUUCAGCAUCAUCUGAGGGCGCCAAACCUUCAUUGACCAUUGUCAGCGUUUCUCUGGGACUGGAGUCAAGCAUUCAUGUUUCCAACCAGGUUGCCGAUACACCUUGUUUGACGUCAAGUAUCGGUUCCAUUACGCCGAGCGAAUGCCACUGUGUUUGUACAUCCAUGCAUCCUCUAACGUCGAUGAUCGUCAACGCCUUUGACAAUCGCCUUGACCGAAAGAAUCUCUCCUCCUACAGAAGGUCCAAAACAUCGGCCAUGGAUCACCGUCCUUCAGCCAAGGCUAUCGGCGGUACGGGGAUUGCCAUCAUCGCAGUCGUCACUGCACUCGUCGUUUGUCUGGAUGUGGACGGGAUCAUACGAGCGACGGCACGAUACAGACAACUGAACGCGUCGAGUGCUUAAAAUGCUUAAGUUGAUGUGCUCUACAAGCGGAGAUCAGCUAUAACCGUAUUCCAAACCAUUGGCCAUAUUUGUUUCAAGGUGUAUUUUAGGAGAGCAAUUCGAUUUCAAAUAUCUGCCACAAGAAAACUGUAGAUGUAGAUGCUUUGAAAAGUUUAUGAUGAGACUAUUCAGCAUGGCAUCUAAGCUAUUUUUAAAGGAAACUGACUGUGUUAAAUGCCGACUUUGAUAUUAUGUAAUUCUUAAACGCCUUAGCCUUAAAACGUUUUCAACAUUGCACAUGUUUUCAAUUUCUGUUUUCUAAUAUAUAUAAUCCAAUAUAUAUUUGUAACUCAAACUGUUUCAUAGCGUGAUGGAAAUUAAUUGUAAAGUAACAAAAUAUGUAUCUUCAGGUCCGCACUAAAGCACACGCAGCACAUGUGGUAUCUCCAUGGGCAAGUGACUUUGUUCUAAUUGUGUCUCUGUUCACCCAGCAGUGAAUGGGAACCUGGUAGGACUAGAUGGCAAUGUUGUUGUUAACCUUCUGGCGCCUAACAGG